CUGACACAAACAGAGAUGCUGCAGUUUGAACCGACAAAUACCAAAGAUCAACACUUCCUUUAAAAGCUAAAUAUCUUUUGUGAAGGUACCUCUCUAAAACAUGACGAUGGGAGUUAGAUGGGACAAUCGUACAGCGGCUGAGAGAAGCAUGUUCAUAAUGCGGAUGAUGCUGAGCCUGUUUCCUCUGGUCCUUGUGGUCUGGAAUGGUGAAGCGUUACCUGUACAAGACAAGCAAUUACACACCAAUGAGAUACUGACCAAAGACCAGAAGGACUUGUUGAAGAAGAUGAUGACGGAUAUGGCUGAGCUGAACUUCACUAGUAAAGAACUAGCUGACCUUGACCCUGAAUUUCUGAAUGGCAAACUGGGAGAAAAGUCUGUUUAUGAACCAACCCCUAAAUCUCCAUGCAAGCUCUUCUUCUGGAAGAGCUUCUCCUCGUGUUAAAACUGGAAAACAGAACAGACACAGAUGAGUCUGUUGAAAUCUACAGUCCUGCCUUUACAGUUUGCCAAUCUAAUCAUACAUUGUUAUUGAAAUCAAUAUGCAUCUCUUGGCUUCUGCUGUUCCUGUACUGUAUUUAAGGAGUGUUAAAAGAAUGAAACGGCUUAUUGUUUGAGGUAAAAACAAAACAAUACAGUGGUCUUUUGCAUGUACACUUUCUACUGUUUGACAUCCAAGCCCAAAAUACUGUAAUAAAUGUUCUACAG